UGCCUCGGUUGCUUCUGUCUGCGUGUGAGUCAUCAAACAUGGCGGCCACUCAGACGACGAACCCCUCUCAGCUUCUGCCGCUCGAGCUGGUGGACAAAUGCAUCGGCUCACGGAUUCACAUCGUCAUGAAGACGGACAAAGAAAUUGUCGGGACUCUGCUGGGAUUCGACGACUUUGUCAAUAUGGUGUUGGAGGAUGUGACAGAAUUUGAAAUCACACCAGAGGGACGAAGGAUAACCAAACUGGAUCAGAUCCUCCUCAACGGCAACAACAUCACUAUGCUCAUACCUGGAGGAGAAGGUCCUGAAGUUUGAAUCACGCUGGCUUUUUCAUGUUUCCAACGUCGUUAUUUUUGUUGUUCAUGUUUGUUUUUCUUCCCCUCUUGAUUUUAUAGAGGAAAGUAUUUUUGUAGUAAGAUUCUGAUUCUUUUUUUGUUUAUUAAAAAGAAAACUCACCUGAUGAGUUUUUUUGUUAUAAAUAAAUCAGU